AUGACAGACUUCGAGAGAAUAUUUGAAAAAGUACGCGAUCUAUUCACAAGCGGCGAUCCGUCAGCAACCGAAAAAGUCAUCAAGUUAAAGGGAGAACACAAGGAAAUUCUCCAUAAGAAAAGCAUCUCGGAACUAACCUUCAACAACUAUGAAGAAGAUUCACUUGGAACAGCAUUGAUUCCGGAUGAUGAAAAUCUUCCACGUGGUCUACGGGCUCUUCAAGUUUCCGGGGACGGGAAUUGUUUGUAUAAUUCUGCGUCAGUUUUAAUGAAGGGAGAUGAGUCGCUAAAUGGAACUUUACGAUUUCUGACUGCUUGUGAACUAUUUUUAAACGCUGAAUUCUAUGCUAAUCACGAAAAGCUCUCUGAAGCAAAUGCGGAGUGUUCCUACUCAGAGAAAACACUGUUUAUUUUAAUGGUGACGUCGGCAGGCGAGAAAGAGUGGCAGUCGACCAGACAUGCAGUUGAAGCCGUAAAAGCAGAAGCUAUGAGUGCCUCAAAAGACAAGGUUUGCAGCAGUCUUGUACAUUUGAUGGCAUUAAGUACAGUGUUAAAACGGCCAAUUUUUUCUGUUUACCCAAACACAAACCCCGCUUUGAGACCACUGAUCCAUGGAUUGGUACAUCCUCGCGUAAGCAGUGCCGCUGACGUUUUGCCGAUCUACAUGUUGUGGUCAAGAGACGGCAAUCUUGACAAUCGCUCUGGUGCUGUAUAUCAGCCAAACCAUUUUGUACCACUGGUGUGUAAUGUUUGUACGCCCAAGGAUAACACGGCCUCUGCUACUGCACCCACGGCUCCUGUUUCUGCAUCCACGGCUCCUGUUACUGCACCCACGGCUCCAGUUAGUGUACCUACGGCUCCUGUUACUGCACUCACGGCUCAUGUUAGUGUAUCCACGGCUCCUGUUACUGCACCUAGUGGCGGGAAAAAAGCUCCAGCGAUCGCAAUCACCAGUUUUUUUUCCCCAAAGUCUAAAGGCAGCGCCACUAUACUGAAACCAGGCACCAAAAGGCCCAGGGCUUCAUCUGAGAUCAGUGAUGAAAACGAGGUAAAAGUUAAAAAACAUCCCCGUACUUCCACUACACAUAGUGAUACUGUUACGCGAAAGUACAACGCCAAUUGGAAGAAAGAAUUUACCUGGGUAAACUUUGAUCCACAAAAAAACGCGAUGUAUUGCACAUUUUGUCAAGAGGCUGGCGCCGAAAUAGCAGGCAAAACAGACUUUGUCACCGGCUGUACAUCAUUUAAGAAAGAAACCCUAUCCAUUCAUGGAAGGAGCCAUCGUCACACGCGCGCACGAGACCAUGUACUUGGUAAGCAGAAACCAGCAUCGGAAGGACCAUUAAGUGCAGUUUUCCAAAAAAUGCGAAGUCAGAACGACAAAGAUGCGCAAAAAGAGAUGACGAUCAAAAUAAAUACAGCGUAUUUUGUUGCAAAGGAGGAGCUUCCUUUCACGAAACAUAAAGGGUUAGUGCAGCUACAGAAAAAGAACGGGUUGGAAGUUGGUGUUACAUACGCAAACGAUACAAAAUGUGCCGAAAUGACUGGAGUCAUUGGAAAACUUCUUGCUGACGACGUUUCCAAAAAGUUGAAGGAGGCCCACUUUAUCUCUGUUCUCAUUGAUGGUGCUUCAGAUGUGUCCGGUAUUGAGAACGAGACCAUACAUUGCAAGAUGGUACAGAAUGGGCAAGCAGUUACUCGACUAAUUGGACACAAAGCUGUUGAAAAUGCAAAUGCAACAGGUAAAAAUUAGUCUGUAUCGAUCUUUACUUCAAUCCAGGAAGGGGGGCGGGCAAAUUAUAUGCAAACUACAGUAAAACAGCUGACGUAGGAACAAAAAACAAGUUUCAAAUGGUAUUUGACCAAGCUUAUAGAUUAAGUAAUUGCUGCCUUUAUUUGAAUAACGUCUUGUCCAGGCAGUUGAAUCAGCAUUCGGUGAUUUAGAGGUACCAAACUGGAAGGAAAAGUUGACUGGAUUUGGGGCUGAUGGCGCCUCUGUAAACGUGGGCCAUAAAGGAGGUGUUUCCGCAUUACUUAAAAAGGAUGUUCCCCAUUUGCUUGAAAUCCACUGUUUUCCUCAGCGCCUGGAGCUUGCUCUUCUUAGCAUGCAACGGGAUUGCCAUCUGGUGACUCAAGUUUACGACGUCCUUCAUUUGGUGUGGAAAACAUACCACUACAGCCCAAAAAGCAAGCGUGAUUUGAAGACCCUUGGAAGCCAGCUUGGAAUUGACGUGUUGCAGCCAACUCGAGUGAAAGGAUCAAGGUGGUUACCACAUGUCAGCAGAGCCCUUGACGUGUUCAUUAAACCAGUGAAGGAUGGAGAUUUGGCAAAAGAUGAAUCGCAGUAUGCAGCUGUUCUACAGCACAUGGAGCACUUAGACUCAACGUCUCCUAAAGCAGAAAUCAAAGGCAGAGCACUGAAUGUUGCUCGCGCUAUGAAAAAGGUUUCCUUCCUUGUUUUUUGCCAUUUUCUUGCUGAUAUGUUUCAGAUUCUUGGUAAACUAAGCCUGCAUUUCCAACGAAAUGACUUAAUACUUCCAAGCGCUCUUGCUAUUCUAAAGGAAACAGUUGAAAACAGUAAGAGCCUGUCUAAACGACCAAUUCCCGGUGGAAGAAUGGAAACCCUUCUAGCAAGU